CAUGUGGAGCGCGCUCGUCGCCCGCAUCUGGCGCGGCAGCAGCUGCCAGCAGCAACAGCAGCAGUCGCAGACGUCUCUUCACGGCAAUGGCUCCGUUCUCAACUGCGAACAGCAUGCGGCGACAGAGGUCAGCGCCGAGCAGGUGUCGGCUUUCCUGCGGACGCACUCGGACUUCCUGGAGCGCUACGUGCUGGAGGAGGUGGAGCUGGAGCAACUGGAACGCUGGAUGAUCCGCAGCACGCAGCGCGCCAAGGCGCGGGCCGACCCCUCCAACCAGGCCAGUAAAAACGGGAGAAAGACCAGUCUCUCACGAUGGAAGUUCUGCGUGCACGCGGACAAGCGGCAGAUGCUGCAGGAACUGACGCGGUCGUUGCAGCAGCGGCCCACCAAGGGCCACGUGCUGUGGGAGUUGGCUGGCUGCAUCUGCUCCGCCGUGGGCGCAGACGGCUACCGCCUCUACCUGGCAGACCGCGGCGACCCCGACCUGCUGGGCCUCUACCUGGGACAGGACGACAGGAGCGAGAGCGGCGAGCCCAAGGUGCAGCGGCUGGCGGCGGGCCCCGCCGCGCCGACGUUCGUGGCCAAGGCCAGGGAGCCGCUGCGGCUGUCGCGCGGCGAGCACGACCCGCGCUUCCCCGACGGCUUCCCCCUCAAGGGCCAGAACGACGUGGGGCACGUGCUGUACCAGCCGGUGCUGCAGCCGGACGGGCAGCUGGUGGCCGUGCUGGAGAUGUGGCGCUCGCUGCCGGGGCUCGCCUUCCACGAGGAGGACGAGGAGAUCGCCUCCAGCUACCUGGUCUGGGGCGGCAUUGCCCUCCACUACGCACAGCUCUACCUCUCCAUGAACAAGCAGCGCAAGCUCAACGACUUCCUGCUCGCCGUCGUCAAGUCCAUCUUCCAGGACAUGGUGAGCAUGGACACGCUGGUGAUGAAGAUCAUGAACUUCGCGCAGCGCCUGGUGGACGCGGACCGCGCCUCGCUCUUCCUGGUGGACAGCAAGAGCAAGGAGCUGUACGCGCGGAUCUUCGACGUCGGCGUCUCCAGCGGCGACGAGGACGGCGACAGCAACCUCUCCGACUCGGGCGACUCCGUGCUCAAACCGCCGGCGUCCAAGGAGAUCAGGUUCCCCGUGGGCACGGGCAUCGCCGGCCAGGUGGCGCUCACGGGGGAGGUGCUGAACAUCGCCGACGCCUACUCCGACCCGCGCUUCAACCGCACCGUCGACCAGAUCACCGGCUACCACACGCGCUCCAUCCUCUGCAUGCCCAUCUUCAUCCGCGGCAACAUCAUCGGCGUCGUCCAGAUGGUCAACAAGCACACGGGAACCUUCACCAAGGAGGACGAGGAAGCGUUCGAGAUGUUCGCGGUGUACUGCGGGCUGGCGCUGCACCACGCCAAGCUGUACGACAAGAUCGCGCGCUCCGAGCAGAAGUACCGCGUGGCGCUCGAGGUGCUGAGCUACCACAACACGUGCGGCGAGGCCGAGGUGCAGCAGGUGCGCGAGCGCGGCAUCCCGGACGCCAUGCCCGCCGUCGACGAUUAUUAUUUCAACGUGUUCAAGCUGGAUGACUACGAGAAGGCGCGCCACGCUAUAUUCAUGUUCAAAGACCUGUUCGGGCUGUCUUCGUUCGAUUGUGAUAGCCUCAUCAGAUUCACGCUGACCGUCCGGAAGAAUUAUCGCCGUGUGCCCUACCACAACUGGACUCACGGCUUCUCUGUCGCAAACUCAAUGUACUCCAUCCUGAAGCACUCGAGGGCUGCCUUCAAGCACAACGAGUGUCUCGCCUUGUACAUUGCUUCGCUGUGCCAUGACUUGGAUCAUCGUGGGAAAAAUAACAAGUUUAUGUUGGACACAGAAUCGCCGUUAGCUGCCAUCUACAGCACGUCCACCAUGGAACAUCAUCAUUUUAAUCAAACAGUUACCAUUCUCCAGCAGAAAGGCCACAAUAUAUUCUGCAAGUUGUCCAACAGUGAUUACAAGCAAGUGUUGAGCCUCAUGAAGCACUGCAUACUUGCAACAGAUCUCGCUGUCUUCUUCCCUAACAGAACAAGGCUAUCGGAAAUUGUAGCCGACCAGACAUUUUCUUGGACCAAUAUGGAGCACAGGUUACUACUGCAGGCCAUUGCUAUGACGGCUAGCGACCUCUCAGCUAGUGCGAAGCCGUGGGAUCUACAAGUGGAGACUGUUAAAGUCAUUUUCGAGGAGUUUUAUGAGCAGGGCGAUGCUGAGAAGUUGGCGGGCCAAAUGCCCGCCCCUCUCAUGGAUCGCGACAAGAAAUGUGACCUUGCAGAAAUUCAGGUGGGAUUCCUGACCAGCAUCUGUAUACCAUGCUACUCCUUAUUGCACCAACUGAUACCAGAGACGAAACCUUUACUUGACCAAUGUCACGCAAAUUUGGCAAGAUGGCGAAAGAUUGAUGAAGAGGAUAAAUUACGUAGGGCGAAAGGUCUUCUGCAGCCAGUAAAUGAUAUUCUUCAAGGGCUCGCUUCUCAGGCAGCACCACCACCCCUUGCAAAUGCCGAAAUGACGAGCAGAAAUAGCGAUACUACCAACAAUACCUGAAGUGUAUGAUGAGUGGAAUACUGUAUGACACCCAUCAGAUGAGUCAUGAACAACAAACAAAAAUACUAAAGAAACAUCUUCAUCUUUCCAUGGUAAAUAAACUGUAAGAUGUCCUGAAUGUGGGCUUGAAUCUAUAAUUUUCUUUUGUGAUGUUGGACCUCACGUAUUUGGAUAUGAAAAGAAGUAUAACACAUUCAAAUAACUGAACUUCUGUACAAUUUUCAAGUUCUGUGCUAUAUAGUGUUUGUCAUUAAAAAUAGUGUGAAGUAUGGCAUGUAUUUAAAAACCCAAAAUUUCUGCAAAAAGGAAAAACACUUAUUUAAUAUUAUUAAAUCAUUGUUCUAGUCAUAUAUAGCUAAAUCAGCUAACCCACCCAAAUGAGAUGAAGUAUAAUCUUCCAAUUACACAAAUAGAUUCUAUGAUGUUGUCUUGAUUGAGAAUGAUGUUGCAUUCUGAAGUAUGAGACAUGCUGACUAUCAAACUUGUUAAGUUCCUGUUUUUAAACAGCCAAAUAUAUGCUGAAACGGGCGUCAUUUCUCAUGUCAGUUAUUUAUUUCGUAUCUAAGUAGUCUUUAUAUUAAAAACACUAAUUACACUUCAUGGCUGUUCAUCAACAAGUGUGUCAUGUUAUAGGAUCUUCAUAUUUUAUGUGAACUGCUAUAGUUUUAUCCUAGAAGGAAACUAUAUCCCUCAGUGACAUUUUCCAGGUUGCAUUGCUUGCAAACCGCAAAAUAAUGUUUCCAUCAGUGGUAAUACCACAAUGUCAAUCAGAAGUGGCACACAUGUUUCAGUUUUUAGCCAACCUUCUUGUAUUUACAUUGUACCUUGGUGUUAAGUAAGUUUAUUAGCUUUUUUGUAUAUUUUAAUUAUUUGUUACUUCAGUUUCUGCGAACAAUACACCACUUACAGAAUUUCAUUUUUAUUACUUUUCAAUCAUAAAUUUCAAAUAAAUACUCAUAUAUUAUCUGCAUUUGUUAGAGAAAAGACUAAAUAUAUUGAGUCAAAUUUUAGUGGCAGAAAUUUUUGAUUGAUUUUGAAAAAAAUACUAUUGUUUCAUUCCCCCUAUCAUAAUUCAGUUCUAUUGAAGAUAUAUUGAUUUCACUCAUCAAAAAUAAAUUUUCAUCAGUGAGCCUGUUGUAUUCUUAUGUAUUUCUUUUGCAGAUCUCCUCUUUUAGUGAUCUACAAUAAUGAACAAGUACAAUAUUUUUUUUUAAUAUUUACCUACUCCUCUUUCUCGAAUGAGUUGGCUCCUUGUGUGCACAGUCUAACAUUACAAGAAACUGUCCUGUUAUUUCUUUCACAUAUUCAGUUCUUUACUUUUAGUAAUGUUUACAACCCACUGUGUAACAUUAUGGUAUAUAUUAUAAGUUUUUUUGGACUGAUGACUGAUAUUAUUAAAUGGCAGAUUUAUAUACCACAGAUUGCACAAUAUGUGCAUCUGUGUUUUGUAACCCUUGAGUAAAAUCUUGUCACAUCCUGAUGCCAUGCAUAAAUCUGAGUUGUAAGGAGAGAAUAUAAUAUACUUUUCGAUUCCACAUAUUAUUUAAUUUUCCAUAAUUAUGCAUCCCCUGUAACUUAUGUUUAUUGACAGGCUCAAAUAUGACAUUAGGUAAGAUUUCUUUGUCUUUUCAGAAUGUAGACUGCUAUUUCAAGCCACACACAUUUCUAGUAACAGUUAG